UGUUUAGUGCACUCGUUAGUCAUCGGUUGAGUAUAUUUACUUCGUUUCGAAACAAAUUUUGGAGCAGCGAGUGGAAAGUGGUCAGUUACAGUUGAAUUCUUAAAGCAAGUGGAUUGGAAAUCUUUGCCGAACGAUGUGCACUUCAACUUAUUUAUUGAACAUUCUCCUAGUGAGCGUUCUGGCAGCAUCAGCCAUGGCAUUGGAAUGUUUCGAGUGCAUGGAUGUGAACAGCUGCAACGGAGCGAAUCAGGGUACAACGGUUCAGUGUGACCGAAGCAAAGCUCAGGCUAUGGUUACAAAUUUGAAGACUAUUUAUCCGAAGGUGGAAAGCAUACUGACCCCGACGGAUACUUUCCACUGUAUGGCGGUGCAUCUAACGUUGACAGGCCAAUCGACAGAGACUUUCAAAAGUCGAGGCUGUGUUUUCGACUCCAAAUCGAAUGUUUGCGACCAGGAGACGAUUUCGUUCAACGGAAACCUGGAAUGUCACUACUGUAAUCAGGACCGGUGCAAUGGUGCUGCUGGACUGACCUGGAGUUUUCUGUUGUUGGCCGCUGGUUGGAUAAUUACUCGGAUUUAGUGAUGGUUGCCGCAUGGAUACCACAGAAAUAAUAACUUAUUUAAUAGUACAAAAGAAAAACAAUCACUCACUAGCUGAAAUUUUAAUUGAAAUAAAAUGAAUAACUCGAA